CAAUAAAUAACUGAAAGUAACGAAAAAAAAACUCCAGGAUUUUUUUUCAACUUAGUUUUUUCAACUUAGAAUAUAGUAUGGGGUUUUUAUUGUAGUCAAGUAAUUACUUUUUAUUGGACAUAAUAUUACAUUAAUUGCAGCGUAAAAUGAUACGCAUUUUAAUCAACGGUAUUUUGUUGGUACUUGUAAGUAGAGUAAUAUGUGAUGAAGAUGAUGACUAUCUUGGAAGUACUUCAGACGAGGAUGAAAUCAAUUAUCAGGAUACCUUGUAUGACACGAAAGACUAUCCUCUAAAUUUGGAUGGAUCUUUAAGACAACGCUUGGCUUUGAAUGGUGCGAUUGCAGACCCAGGAAACAGCUUUGUCUGUUCACCCAUCUCGGCCUUGAUGCCAUUAGGGAAGUUGGCUUUAGGGGCAACGGGCACGUGUAAAUCACAGUUGGAGGAGGCCAUCGGCGUAGGAUCGAAGUCAGAGUUGAAAAAGAGCUUCACAUCCUUACUGCGUGGUCUGAAAUCAUUGUCGGGAGUGAAAUUAACAGUUUGUAGCAGAAUAUACGUUUCCAAACAGUACUCGCUAAGGACCUCUUACAAAAACGACGCUAGAGAAAUUUUUAAAUCCACCAUCAAAAGAAUUAACAUGAAAAAACCCGAUAAAGUGGCCCGCAGAAUUAAUAGAUGGGUUAGAGAUAAAACAAAAAACCUGAUAAAGGAAAUAAUAACGCCUAAUAGUAUAUCCCCGGCAGCUUCGGUUAUCCUAGUCAACGCGGUCUAUUUUUCGGGUAACUGGAAACACAAAUUCCGCGACAUUCAAAUGAGAGACUUUUACACAGCUACUAGCGUCCGCAAGGUUCCUAUGAUGACACGGGAGGGCAAAUAUAAAUACACUAAAAACGAUGCACUCGAUUGUCAGAUGAUAGAAAUCCCGUACGUCGGCGGUCACGCAUCAUUUAUUAUUUUCCUGCCAAACACAAGGGAUGGUUUACCAAUGCUGCUGUACAAACUAAAACUAGCCCCUGAUUUGAUGCAAUCUGCUAUUAAUAAAAUGCGAGAAGAGAAUGUAAUAUUGUCUAUUCCGAAAUUUAAAACUACUACGGAGUUAGAUCUGAAGGUUUCAUAUGAAAAGCUGGGAUUAAAUCAAUUGUUAAAAACUCAAAAAUCCGGUUUAAAUAAAAUAGUGUCCGGAGAUAGUCACUUGUACGUAUCGAAAGCCAUACAAAAGGCAGUUAUAGACGUGAAUGAGAAUGGUACGGAAGCCGCCGCUGCUUCUGCGAUAGAAAGUGUACUAUUGUCGUAUAUUGUAUACAAAAGAAAAUUCUAUGCUAACAGACCUUUUUAUUACUUUGUCAAAGUUAAGAAGGAGAAGAUUUUCACAGGUGUAUACAAUUAAUGUGUAUAAGCAGCUGUACAAUUAACUUACGUAUUAUGACGUGACGACCGAAGUUAAUAUCAAGUAAAUGUUGAUU